CUCAGAGAAAGCCAACGAAUGCGUCUGCAUGUCUGAGUAAGUCAGUGAAUCGAUUCUUCCUCCAGUGGACCGAGCCAGACAGCAGCAUGUACCCAAUUGAAGAGUGCCUCUCCUGGGCUCCAGUGGUGCUCAGAGCCAGUUGAUUCCACAAGGGAACCACAGACACUGGCAGGAGGACUGGAGGAGGUGAAGGAAAUGGGAGAAGGGACGCCGGUUAACUGAUUAAAGCCCUCUCUGUUUCUCUCUCUCUUUCAUUCCCUCUGAGUGAGGAGAGACAACUCUAUGCACUGCAUGCUGUAAUCACAUUGCUUGUGUGUAAUUUGCUCCUCUCAAUUACUUGUCCUUCCUCCUUAUUUUUGUCUUAUUUAUUUAUUUUUUUAGACUGCUGCAGUCUGGAGAAAAGGCAGAGCACGAUUUAAAAGGACUUGUGGGUCUCUUGUGCUGCCUCAUCUUUCUCCCUCUCUCCUUCUUUCUCUGUCUUUUUUUAAAUGUAAGUGGAAGGUGGGAUUGGGGGGAGUGGGGAUAAACCGUUGUGGCCAGCUGGAGAGAUGGGCAAGUCCAACAGCAAGCUAAAGCCUGAGGUAGUGGAAGAGCUGUGCAGAAAGACCUACUUUACAGAGAAAGAAGUUCAGCAGUGGUAUAAGGGUUUUAUCAAAGACUGCCCCAGUGGUCAGUUGGACGCAGUUGGCUUUCAGAAGAUCUACAAGCAAUUCUUCCCCUUCGGUGAUCCCACCAAAUUUGCCACUUUUGUCUUCAACGUCUUUGAUGAAAACAAGGAUGGACGCAUUGAGUUCUCCGAAUUUAUUCAAGCUCUGUCUGUCACAUCCAGAGGGACACUAGAUGAAAAACUCAGAUGGGCCUUUAAACUUUACGAUCUUGAUAAUGAUGGCUUCAUAACCCGAGAUGAGAUGCUGAACAUUGUGGAUGCCAUCUACCAGAUGGUGGGGAACACAGUGGAGUUACCGGAGGAGGAAAACACACCAGAAAAGCGAGUCGACCGCAUCUUUGCUAUGAUGGAUAAGAAUGCAGAUGGGAUGUUGACUCUGCAGGAGUUUCAGGAGGGCUCCAAGGCAGACCCCUCUAUUGUACAGGCACUCUCCCUUUAUGACGGUCUGGUAUAAGCCCAUCAUAAAGUGCCAUUCAGUAAUCAAUACAGCCCAUUUAUGUCAUCCUGCUGGCACAGUGAGAGGAAAGCUGACCUGUCACCAAUCUCUUGGACCUGCCAACAUGAAGGUGCAUUGUGGGUGCUGCUCUCAAGUAGGGAUCAGCUGUCAAUCACUCAUCUCCAUUGUCACUGGAAAAUCCGCUCAAGACAACAUAAAUCCAUGCAGAACUCAUUUGGGAUGAGUGAUGAACAGUAAAAGAACCUUUUUGUGAAGAAGAGACACUCAUGCAGACAGUGACUUUGAGGGCAUUGACAUCAGUGUUAUUAAAUGUAUAACUCAUAUAUUCUAAACACCAUUGAAAGAGUUCCUUAUAGCUGUGGACAUUGUCCUAGGAUGGACCUAGCUGGAUUUUGGUCUAUCCUUCAUUACAUGAUGAACAGAGUUGCAGUUGCAUCAUUCCACAGAGCUUCAGCAAGCACUGGCAUUGAACAACAUGCAUUUAGUUGUAUUUAUUCAUAUAACCUUUCUUGUAAAUUAGCAAUCUUCAACAAUAAACAAAAACUUAUAAAUCUCCUUAUAAAUCUCAUGCUUAUUCUUGAGACUUGACCGUUAACGUCUGACAGCCAUGAUAUAUUAUACUGAGACUGUAACUACUCACAUGCCACUGCUUUGCUUGACCUGUAGGCAGUCUCACAGUACACCUUGUGAUGAAGAAUGCAAAUAUUCUACAGUUUUGCAUAUUACUGUCAUGUCAUCUAGACAAUGUAGGCGUAUAUGUGACGCAGUGUGUUGCACCUCUGACUUGUUUGAAAGAAUGAGAUUAAUUUUGUAGCAAUAGCAUACAGUAUACAGCAUUCAUCAGCACUGCAGAUGUCAACAGUGUUGGAAGUUCUGCACAGUGUUGGUGUAUUUAGAUUACUGAUAAUGUUAAAAUUGCGCUGCUUUGAAAUCAACCCCCUUUUUUAAGCCCAACAUACAAGAUGUUAAUGGGAUCUAUUUAAAUAA